GUUUGUUGAAGACAUGUUUUGUAUGGAAGCUUUGAGAUAGAUGAUUGUGGGCCCAGUUUAUGAUAUAUUCAUUUUUUUGAUUUGGUUUUAGUUGUUCACUAAUGACAAAAUUUUACGGGUACUUUUGAAGAGCUAACUGUGAGUGUUAAGCUAAAGUGGAUUUUUAUCAAUAACAAAUGAAUUUGAAGUUCUAACUAGAAGCUAUGAACCACAAACACUUCUGGGAUUAGGCUGUUCCCGUGUAUGUCCUAUGUGAUUAGGAUUAGGAAGGAACAAAUGGCUGGAAUUACAAAGGAGGAAGAGUCAGGUAGUCCUAGUUGGGGUGCUUCGUUUUUUAUGCAGACAACAGAAGACGUGGCUAGAGCCGUCGCUGCUGCUAUGAAUACUCCAAAGCCGUCUGUUAUAUAUUCAUCGAAAAAUGAUCAUGGUGGUAGUCAGUUGCAAAGGCUGCAGUAUCAAGUUACGAAAAUGAUAAAAGGAUUUUCUCGCCCUUCUGAAGUUAAAUAUGCAAAUUACAAUCCAGAAAUCCUGACAAGUCAGAAGCGUCAAUGGGCUGCAAACUUUCAUUUGCAGUACAAUGAUCAUAAGUCUUGGAAGGAGCCAACAAGGUUAUUUGAAAGUAUGGUGGUGGUUGGUCUUCAUCCUAAUUGUGACAUUCAGGCACUGCAAAGGCAAUAUCUUGUGAGAAAGUCCGAAGGCUCUGGUAAACUGAGAAGUGCACUUGGCUAUCAGAAUCAAUCCCGUGUGGAGCCCAAUGUUGAACCUCAGGUCUUAUUCGUAUAUCCUCCAGAAAAGCAGUUGCCUCUUAAAGAAAAGGAUCUUCUGUCUUUCUGUUUCCCUGGAGGUCUGGAGGUUAAUGCUGUUGAGAGAACUCCUUCCAUGAGUGAAAUGAAUGAAAUUCUUUUUGGCCAGGAACACCUUAAACAAAGAGAUCUGUCUUUUGUAUUUAGGUUACAGGGUGCUGAUAAUUCAACACUUUAUGGGUGCUGUGUCUUAGUUGAAGAGCUAGUGCAAAAACCCUCUGGAUUGCUUUCCAUGAUUUCGGAUAAGCAGUCAUCUUAUUCUUCUUUGAGACGCCAAUCACGCCAUAUAUUAACCACACAAAGAUGUUACUGCAUUCUCUCAAGGCUCCCAUUUUUUGAGUUGCACUUUGGUGUAUUGAACAGUAUCUUCAUGCAAGAAAGGCUGGAGCGGUUGACAAAAAGUGUUGAAUAUUUAAAUUUAGAAUUUGUUGAAGGUGGUUAUGCGCAAGAAAACUCCGAAGAAAAUUCAGUGUGUGUUAUGGUGAAUGAUACACUAACUGAAGACAAACUUGAUGAGAAUCCAAUAAUUUCCCUAACCAAAAACAUUGAGGGUGAAAGUAAUCAUCCAGAGAAACAAAUGGUUAAUGAAGAACAGCAUAUAGUCAAGGAAGGAGCAAAUGAUGACAAUAUUGUGCCUAUUCAUCUUGAAACUGAGAAAAUAAUUGCCAAAGAAGUAUCUGGCCCUACAAAUGCUGAAGAUAGUAAUAUGUAUGGGGAUGCUUUGGUAACAAAUAAACAGUCAGAAGAUAGGCGUUUACCAAAUGCUAUUUUGCCCCUCCUACGGUAUUGCCAGUAUGAAAGCUCCGAAUCUUCCUGCAGUUUUCAAGGUUCACCUUGUGAAGAUAGAAAUUUUAGGAGUGAUGCUGAUGAUACUGAGACCGAAGAGGCUUCAUUCUCAGGACAAGAAGAUUUAAAUGACCUACAUGAGAUUCUUGAAUGGGCCAAGGCAAAUAAUUGUGGACCAUUACAAAUUAUAAGUGAGUAUUAUCGUUUUGGGUGCCCUACAAGAGGCUCAACCCUUAUUUUUCAUCCUUUGGAGCACCUUCAUCCCUUGGAAUAUCACAGACCUGAUGAGAAUGUUCUUUAUUGUGCUGGUUCAACUGUUGAUCUGAAAUCGUGUAGUACGGGCCUGGAAUUAGCUGAGGCACAAAACUUUCUUCUGGCUGCAGAGGAGGCAACUGCAUUAUCUAUAUGGGCUGUUGCGUGCUUAUGUGGUACCUUGAGACUUGAACAUGUGUUAACAUUCUUUGCAGCAGCUCUACUGGAGAAGCAGAUAGUAGUUGUCUGUUCUAAUUUGGGAAUCCUAUCUGCGUCAGUUUUAUCAGUUAUUCCACUAAUCCGACCUUACCAAUGGCAAAGCCUUCUAAUGCCGGUUUUACCAAACGACAUGCUUGAGUUUCUGGAAGCACCUGUUCCUUACAUAGUUGGUGUCAGGAACAAGACAAAUGAAGUUCAGUCAAAGUUAACCAACGCCAUUCUGGUUGAUGCCAACAGAAACCAGGUGAAGUCGUCAUCCCUACCUCAACUGCCAAGACAGAAAGAACUAAUUGCUUCUUUACGUCCUUAUCAUGCAACUCUUGUGGGAGAAAGUUACUUGGGUAGGAGAAGGCCGGUGUACGAAUGCACGGAAGUGCAGGUAGAAGCUGCCAAUGGAUUCUUAUCAGUGUUAAGGUCUUAUUUGGAUUCCCUUUGCUGUAACAUCCGUUCACAUACAAUAACCAAUGUACAAUCCAAUGACGAUAAGGUAUCCUUGCUUUUGAGAGAGAGUUUCAUUGACUCAUUCCCGUCUCGUGAUCGGCCUUUCAUGAAGCUUUUUGUGGAUACACAGCUCUUCUCAGUACACACAGAUCUUGUUCUCUCUUUCUUCCAAAAGGAAUAAGGUGAUGAAAUGCAAAACAUUUUGGGAAUAUUAUUUCCUUUGCAAAGCCUGAACGCAAGUUCAGUAUUGUAUAAUUUCUCUAAGUUAUGAGCUAAAAUUUUGUCCCCAUGCAUGUAACGCAAAAUUUCAUCUGCUUUCCUUAUUCUCUCCUUUAGGCAGGCAUUUAGUACGACCUGUACAUAGUUCAAUGAUAAUUCAAUCUUAAUUAGGACUAUAGGGUUUUAUUUAAUGUAAAUGACAAUUUUUCAUACACCAAAAGUAAAAGUAAUGCUUUGUAGGGUAGGACUAAUGUUAUUAAAUUGUGGUCACGGUGUUGCUGAAUUUCAAAACUACAUUGUAUGUUUGAAAAACACUAAAAUUACGGUAAAUCAUAGCUUAUAUUUUGAAUC